AUGGUGCCCUUGUUCAUCGAAGAACGAGGACACGGCCGUGAUGGAGAGCUGCUGAGGGAUUUCAUCCUGCGGCGAGAGCAUUUGAAAGAGGAUCCUCGGGUUUUGGCCGUGGAUCGAUGGCUCAUUCGCGCAGAGUUCUAUGAUGACUGCUUCCAGGAGUAUGUGCAACAGUACGGUGGGGAACCUGAAGUCGUCGAUCUGGAAGAGCGAGCUCAAGAAGUUGCUGAAGCAUGCAAGGACGUCAUGGUCGUAGCAAAGGUCAAGAAGAAGGUCGACGAGCUUGAAAGUGUUGCGCAGACUGGUGCUGCUGAUGUCUACGCCCUUCGUGACACACUCCUGGCAGCAGUAAAGGACCUCACUACACCGAGACGGAGACUGGGUGUUACGAGCAAGCAGUUGAUGGACGACGAUUGCAAGGAAGAAUUGAAGAAAAAAGAGCAAGCGAGAUUGCGCCAGGUUGUCGUGGAUUGCCUCAAGCGCAUUUGGGAGUCUGGUGUUGGAGGGGAGGUCCUGAAGAUUGCUCUGGAGGCUGUGAAAUCGCGCAUCAACAGGUUCAAAGCCAAAGCCGGCGAGAGAACCGACAUCAUUGAAGCGAUGGCAGGUCAUCAAUGGGCUCAGUUGGAGGAUUUGGUGCAAACCAUCGAGGAACAUGAAAAAUCCGGCGCCGCGCGACAACAUCUUGGCCCCAUCGAGGGCCGGCGCACCAAACUGGUCAUUGAGCGAGCCCUGGAAAAUCUGGGUGGACAAGCCUCCAGCCGUCAAGUGAUCGAAUGGAUCGAACAGCAUCCUGAGGAGCUGGAGAAGAUCCGAGAAGCAAAGCUGAAUUGGCAUGUCCGCGACGGUCAUCGAAAGCCUGUGUGGCACUCCACUGUUUCUUCUUCCAUGCACCAUUUUCGCAAAAUCACCAAGCCAGGGCAGCCGACCAUAUACUUGGCACCAAAUGCUGAAGCACCAGAGGAGCUCCCAGCGAUCCGAGACGCUCCAGAUGUGGCUCCGGCAGCUCCAGCGAGAAAGCCAAGGAAACGCCCCUCCGAGAAGGCUGAGGCUGAGGGAGAAGCUCCUGAACCAAAGCCCAAACGCAGCCGCAAGGCCAAGGCCAAGCCGAAACCAUCCGCGGAUGCUGUUGCACUGGCGGCCCCCCUGGCAGCCGAUGCACCACCGGAAGCCGCGGCGCCCGCGGCGCCGGUGGUGCCGGAGGUGCGACCCAGGUCGCCACAGAGAAAGAAAAAGGCUGAUGAUCCGUUGAGCCUCUUGCUUGAUGCAGCGUUAGAGGCUGCAGACAAAGCACAGUGA